GCAAAGAUGUCGUCGCUCUCGCUCGAUGACGAGAUGACACGGUGGAGACAAAUAUCCGUCGGCCCUGCAGCAAAAGGCCCGAGAACAGCACGUUUCUACUGCUUUGGCAGCCUACCUUAGCACCCGCACCUUUCUUGCUCUCGCAACACGCACUAACCAAAUCCACCCACUACAAUAUUCAAAGCAAACACUGAGCUCCAUAAACAAAUACAACUACCACAGCUACCACAGCUACCACAACUACCGCAAUCAUUCUACGUGUACUCUCCACCUCAAAGUCUACCUCACACACAGCUCCCGAACCCGCCCGACAAUCCAUCUUCAAGCUCACACCAACCCCCUAACCCCCACCCGUAGCCACCAUGGCAAGCACUCCUCCCCCCAGUGCCAACGCCUCCCAGAUCAGCCUCAAGAUAAUGUCGCCUUCCCCCGGCGUGCCCGCUGACCUGGCCUACACGGUCGACGGCAACACAACCAUCAACGCGCUAAAGCUACUGAUCAAAGCCUCGCUGGAAUCCAACCCAACGCUGGAGCAGCAGCGCGUGAUCUACCGGGGCAAGAUACUGGACGGGAGCUGUACUGUCAAGGAUGCUCUGAUCGGAGACCAGCAGCAGGUGCACACGCUGCAUCUGGUCGUUAGUCCUCCGCCGCACGUGUCCACCGCCCAAACCACGACCGCCGCAUUCCGUCCGCAAGCGCAGGCGCAGGAGCCGACUCGAAUCCUACCCUCGACUUCAUCUCGACCUCCUGUUCCCGCGCACAUAGCUAACAAUCCACUGCUACGCCCGUUCACUGGCUUGGUCCCGGGACUGGACCGUGGACCGAUGUCCAUGGGGGAGCUGCGGCAGACAGUGAGAGCUCAAACUGAGAUUCUGGAACGGCUACGUGCGGAGAGGGCAGCUUUGAAUGCCGGAGGAUCUGGAAGCGUGAGUUUUGGGGUGAGCAGCGGUGUAUCGCUUCCGGGUGCGCAGGCGCGAGUACCUGCCAGUGGGACGCGCCCGCUUGGCGGAGAGCCGUCGACGAGCUUUACGGCGCCGGCUUCGGCUUCUCCUACGAUACCAACGCUGGAGCAGCCGGCAGCCAAUCUGGAUGCACCACUGCACAGUGUGAAUCCCACCGCCAACACGCCGCUCUCCCCGCGCCCAGACACCUCCGCGCGCCGUCGCGAACUCCUCGCCGAGCUCCGCCAACUCGACCAAGAAGAGGGCCUCGCCACCGCGCCCCUGCACAUCUCGCAACGAGCCAUCCCCUCCAGCAGCGCCGUCUUCCUCCUCCAAGACCGUCUCGGCCGGCCGCACUCCCUUCUAGUUGGCCCCGUCGGCAGCGCCCAAGCCCCACCCCGCUACUUCUCCAAUCACCUCCCCCCAGCAAUCCCCAACACCGCCCUCCCCCCUCCCCGCUUCAACCCCAACCCCUACCCAAAUGGCGUCCCACCUCCGCCACGGCACAUGGAGGAGCUCCGCCGCGCCCUGUACGCCGAGCACCCGCCGGCCCGCCGCAUAAACCUACAGCACCUGAUCCGCGACCGCGCAGCGCACCUCUGGCUCGCACUAAAACUCACCGUGUUCGUGAUCCUGUUCACCGGCAACGGCGGCUGGCGCCGCACCCUGUACCUCGGCUCCAUCGCCGUCAUCAUCUUCAUCUGGCAGACCGGCAUCAUGAACGACAUUGUGCGGCCGCUCGUCGAGGCUAUCUACCCGCCACCACCCGGAAACAACCCGCAGCAGCAGCAGCAGCACCCACUCAACCCAGCAAAUACCGCCCAGCUACUGAUCAACCGCCAAGAGGACCGCAUGCGCGAUGUGAUCAGGAACGCGGAGCGCGCGGUGAUGAUCUUCAUGGCCAGUUUGGUGCCCGGAUGGCAUGAUCGCCACGUCAAUGCUAUCGAGCGCCAGCAGGAGGAGGUAAGGUCUAGGGAGCAGAGGGAGCGCGAGGAGAGGGAGCAGAGGGAGCGUGCGGAGAGGGAGCGUGAUGACGAUGAGCAGAUGCCCCAGCCGGCCGAGGCGAGGGGCGCGGAGGUCGUCGAGGGCGUGCUGUGAUUGUUUGACUGCUUGUUCUCACUGGGAGGUGGGUUUUUUUGCCAUUUGAAUAGGUAGUCUUUGUUACGUGUGAUAGCUUUGUGGCUUUUUGGCUUUGUGGCUUUGCGGCUUGAUUGGCUUUGUGUGCUUGGCUGGCUUUGUAUUUGAGAUGAUUGUGAUUGUGAUUGUGAUUUACGACUUUGAUGGGAUGCGAUGGGAUGCGAUGGAGGGUAUAGUAGGAUACGUCCUAAAGAAUGCGAUACCAUGGUUUUCAUACAUACA